AUGGCACCUGAUAAGCAAUGGAUGCAACUUAUUCAUAAUAGACUUGAUGAUGCUUAUAUACAUGGGGUAGAAAGCUUUUUGAAUUAUACUUUUACAAGAUUGAGGAAAGCGAAUGAAAUAAGAUGCCCAUGUAUUAAAUGUUGUAAUGCAGUUUCUCGAACACGAGAGAUUGUUAGAUCACAGUUAAUAGUACAUGGAAUGAUCCAAAAUUAUACCUUUUGGUAUCACCAUGGUGAGAGGAUAGGUGAGACUGAAGAAUCAGAUUCUGAAUCUGAAGAUGAUGAAAAUGAAAUUGGCGAGGAUGAUGAAGAGGAUGAAAUACAUGAAAUUCUUACAGAUUUACAUCCUGCUUUUAAUAUAGAAAAUAUGAAUACUGGCGGUGAUGAUAUUCCCGAGGAGGAACCAAAUCCUGAAGCGAAAAGAUUCUAUAGUCUUUUAAAGGAAUAUGAUCAACCACUAUACAAAGGUUCAAAACUUUCUACUUUGGUGAAAUUGCUUCAUAUUAAAAGUAUUGGUCGUUGGAGUAAUGACUCAUUUAAUAUGUUACUGAAGAUGUUAAAGAAUGAUUUGUUGCCUGAUGAAUCAAACUUGCCAGAUUCAUAUUAUGAAGCAAGGAAACUAAUUCGAAGCCUAGGGCUUUCAUAUGAUAAGAUUGAUGCAUGUAAGAAUGAUUGCAUGUUAUAUUGGAAGAAUGAUAAGUUAGUUGAUUCUUGCAAAAUUUGUGGUGCAUCUAGAUGGAAGGAGGAUAAAAAUAGUGGAGAAACUAGACUUAGAAAGGGAAAAAAGAUACCACACAAGAUCUUACGCUAUUUUCCUUUAAAGACAAGGCUUCAAAGAUUGUUUAUGUGCUCAAAAACAUCUUCUUUAAUGAAAUGGCAUCAUGAAAACAAAGCUAGUGAUGGGAUUAUGAGGCAUCCAGUUGAUUCAAAAGCAUGGAAAAAGUUUGAUGAACUUCAUCAAUCAUUUGCUAUGGAGCCUCGUAAUGUUAGACUUGGACUUGCUAGUGAUGGUUUUCAACCAUUUGGAUGUUCUAGAACUCCAUAUAGUAUUUGGCCGGUGGUACUUAUUCCUUAUAAUUUACCACCUUGGUUAUGCAUGAAACAGGAAAAAUUUAUUUUGUCAAUGCUUAUUCCCGGUCCUGGAAGUCCCGGAGAUGCAAUUGAUGUUUAUCUUCAACCAUUGAUUGAUGAAUUAAAUGAAUUAUGGAAAAUUGGAGUUGUUACCUUUGUUGCGUCAAUUAAACAGAACUUCACGUUGCAUGCUGCUUUAUUGUGGACCAUUAAUGACUUUCCAGCUUAUGCAAAUCUAUCUGGUUGGAGUACAAAAGGAAAAUUAGCUUGCCCAUGUUGUAAUAAAGAAACAAUCUCAAUUAGGUUGAAUAAUGGUCAAAAACAGUGUUAUAUGGGUCAUAGACGCUUUCUUCCUCUUAAUCACAAAUGGAGGAAAGAUAAAAAGUCAUUUGAUGGUACUACAGAGUGGAGAUUACCUCCAAAUACAUUAUCUGGUGAUGACAUACUUGAUCAAGUGGCUGAUUUAGAUGGGUUACCUCUAACAAAUGAUCCAAAGAAGAAGAUUAAAGUAUCACAUGAGAAAAGAGAUGUGAUGCACAUUGAGAAGAAUAUAUGUGAUAAUAUUUUGGGAACAAUCUUAAAUAUCAAAGGCAAAACAAAAGACACCCUGAGCAGUCGCUUGGAUUUGCAAGAAAUGAACAUCAGGAAAGAAUUACAUCCAAAAGAAAAUGGAGACAAGUAUGAGCUACCAACAGCAUGUUUCACAUUAUCUCCUGAAGAGAAGCACAAGUUUUUAAAUUUUUUGAAGGAUUUAAGGGUUCCUGAUGGAUUUUCAUCAAAUAUUUCUCAUUGUAUCAAUAUGAAAGAUCACAAAAUCUCAGGAUUAAAAAGUCAUGAUUGUCAUGUUCUUCUUCAACAUUUAAUCCCACUUGCCAUACGUAGUAUGCUAUGCACGGAGGUGCGUGAGCCAAUAAUUGAGUUGUCAUUGUUUUUCAAUAUUCUUGGAGCAAAGUGCUUAAAACUAGAGGAGUUGGAACAAAUAGAAGCACAAAUUCCUGAAACUCAAUGCAAGUUAGAAAAGGUUUUCCUUCCUGCUUUUUUUGAUGUCUUGGAGCACUUGCCAAUUCAUUUAGCUAAUGAGGCUAUGAUUGCUGGACCUGUUCAAUAUCGAUCAAUGUAUCCAAUAGAGCGAUGGUUAUACUUUUUGAAGCUUUUUAUUCGUAAUAGAUCAUGCGUUGAAGGUUCUAUUGCAGAGGGACAUAUAGCAAAUGAAUUUACGACCUUAUGUUCAAGGUGUUUGCAUACAAUGGAAACAAAAUUUAAUCGCCUUGAACGGAAUUAUGAUGGGGGUGCUAUAGAAUCUGAUGGAAGUUUAAUGAUUUUUUGUCAACCUGGAAAAGCUUUAAAAGGUGGCAAGACACACCGUAAAAGAAAUGGAGCAAGCCCAUAUUUAUAUUUUGAAGAAUUGUGA